AAACAUUUUGCCCCACACAGUCGCAAGUUGGCCCGACAUAGUUAUAUCCCAGAAUACCCAUUCCAUCUCCCGUCAGCAUGGCUAAUGUCCUGACAGAGGACAGACUUAAACGUCUACUGGAGCAAUACCGCGAGAUAUGUUUGAUGCAGAACCCACAAGAUGACUCACCCGACUUGAAUCUCGUUACUCACAAUGCAGGUGGAGGUGCCAACCAUGAAGGUAGCGACGAUGACGACGACAGUCAGCAAAAAGCAGAAGAGUAUACCUUGGAUGAAUGGACAACUGGUGUACGAGAGCAUCGAAAUAUUGUUGCCAAAGAACCUCGAAGAAUUCGUGAAGAUCCCGUGGCGUUUUUGCUCAACGUUGGGUUGUUCUACAAUGGAACGGGAUGGCGUGGUUACAGACACUAUAUUGGGUCUAAAUUUUAUUACAAGGGCUUUUCCAAUGAGAUGAAGGACAAAGUCUUGAAUAGUAGAGAAGUUCAAAAUGUCAUCGAUCUUCUGGCGGAGAGACAAGCUCAUUUCCUGGGCGAUUCACAAAAAUCAGGAUCUCCAGUUCCAGAAAAGAAAAGAAUCGCUGAGCUCCAACGAAAGCGAAAGCAGUUUAAAAAGGAAUUAGAAGCCGUCGCCAAGGUGAUCGCCGAUAAAUGCUUUUCUAACAUGGACGACGUUCGGUUAUUGCGAUUUUUCGCAUUCACUAUCAACAACAUCUUGGUUCGCUUAUAUCACCAAGGCAUACAUAUCAAGGAGAGUGAAUGGAUGGAGCUUCGUAGAGUAGCUCAGAUUGCGGAACAAAAAAAGCAAUCUUUGAUUCUAUUACCAUCUCACAAGUCUCACGUCGAUUACCUCGUAGUCAGCUAUGUCAUGUUCCGCCUUGGGUUGCAAAUCCCUCAUAUUGUUGCAGGCGAUAACCUAGAUAUGCCCGUCAUUGGGACCUUGCUGCGUGGUUCCGGUGCCUUCUUCAUUCGACGAGAAUGGGGUGACGAUCUAUUGUACAAAGCUAUUGUUGAGGAAUACAUAGCGAAGUUGAUGUCGGGUGGCUACAACAUUGAAUGUUUUGUAGAAGGUACUCGUUCCCGUCUCGGAAAGCUGUUGACCCCUAAGUUUGGUAUUCUCAAGAUCAUUCUCGAUACCAUCCUCGCUGGCAAGGCUACAGACUGCAUGCUUGUCCCCAUUUCCAUUGGUUACGACAAGAUCAUUGAAACAUCCAACUACGCUAAUGAGCUGCUUGGAACUCCAAAGCAGAAGGAGAGUUUGUGGGGUGUCUUUUCAAGUUCCAGGCUCUUGCAACUCAAGUGGGGACGGGUAGAUGUUCGUGUAUCCAAGCCAUUUUCGUUGAAAAAUUGGAUCAAUAAGCAAAUGGCCAUUCGUACAAACUUUGAUGUCAGCUUGGCAUCAAAUAAGGUCGUUUUACUCAAAUCUCUUGGAUACAAAGUUCUUGCUGAUAUUAAUGCCAUCUCGGUUGUCAUGCCCUCUGCCUUGGUUGGUACAAUUAUCUUGACGCUUAGAGGACGUGGUGUAGGACGAAACGAACUCAUUCGCCGUAUUGAAUGGCUUCGACGUAUCAUCAUCAACAAGGGUGGCAACGUUGCAGAGUUCGGCAAUAUUCCAACUGGUGUGAUUGUUGAUCGUGCCACUACCAUUCUCAAGGACCUCAUUGGCGAACGGACUGGAAAGGAAGUCAUUGAGCCGACAUUCUAUGGCAUCAAGCGAUUUGAGUUGUCAUACUACCGCAACCAAGUCAUCCAUCUUUUCGUUGAAGAAUCCAUUGUCUGCGUUUCACUUUACACGGUCAUUAAACGUGGUGGAGCUAAAUUGCAACAGCGUAUGCAAAUUGAUCAACUGCUUGAUGAGGUCAGCUUUGUGUCCAGUCUCCUUAAAUUGGACAUGAUCUUUAAACAAGGAGGUGUUGAAUCUAAUACCCUACGAACGAUUCGAUGGCUGGUUGAAAAUGAUGUAUUGGAAGUGACCGAUGAUGGAUGGGUUGGUCUAACGGAUGCUGAAAGAGCUUGUGGACGCGAGAACUAUGAUUUCUUAUGCUUCCUCAUUUGGCCAUUUGUUGAAAGCUACUGGCUUGCGGCGGUUGCUUUGCUAUCGCUGACACCCGCCAAGCCAGAUGCAGAAGUCCCGCAAUGGAUAGACGAGAAGACAUUUUCAAAUCGAACCCAGGCUUUGGGUAAAACACUUUAUUACCAAGGCGAUUUGAGCUACCUGGAAGCUGUCAAUAAGGAAACCAUGAAGAAUGCAUUCUCUCGUUAUAUAGAGCAGGGUAUUCUGUUGAACCGCAAGUUCAAGACCGGCAAGGUGACAAGCGAGGUUGCAUUGAAUCCAGAAUGUAUCCCCAAGCGUGGAAGCGAUGGCACCAUCUUGCCGGAAGGGCAAGCGUGGGAUCUGGUUGAACGGAUCGGCAAGUGCAGACGAGAAGGCAAAAACCGUAGAGAUAAUGCCACAGUGAGUGCACGCACUCUUAGGUUGGCUGACAUGGUUGGUCAAGAUAAUUUGCCCAGCAUUCAGGAGCAGAAAAAAAGAGCCAAGGCAGAGGCAGCCUCUGUUGGCGCUCGAUUGUAGACUAUUUACCUCGUAUCUAUCUUCUAAUACCUGUCAAGCGGUCAAUCUAUACCGUAUUAAAAAAAAACGUUAUUUUACUUUUAUCAUAUUCAUUUCCCUCAUAUCAUUGUUUUUAUUUUAUCCCUCAGUAUAAUGAACAUGAUGAUUUCUCGUUGCACGCCAAUAUUGAAAUAUGGC